AUGGACGCAACCGAUGAGAAUGAAACCACAGUCUUGUUUGACCUUAUCCACCAAUGUCUUACUUCAUUUGACCGUGUAGUCAAAUGUAAUGGCGCUGUACUCUUGACACGAUCGCUUGAGCCACAUGAUAGUACGAAAAUUGGACGGACGCCAGUACGGACGCCCUUUAACUUCCUGGGUCUCAGGAACAGGUUCUCCUUCUGGAUUGAUUCUAUCGGAGCUUUUUCCGUCAAGGAACCGACGUUGGAUCAAAGAUUACAAGGCUGCGGCAGUGUCUCUGCAAACAUAGCCAACUCGUUAAAUACAAUUCUCAAGAAUUUGCAUCGCGACCCGAGAGUGGUACGAUUCCUUCAAACGAGGCAUGCACGCCAGCACAAGAGGCCUUUCUAUCAAGAUGGGACCAUCAUUGUCAGUUAUUCGCAUGAGGAAAACCUCGGCGAAAUUUCUCCAAUACUGAGACUCGACAAGACAAACUCAAGAGGAUAUGAUGUUUCAUUCCCAGCCGCCCGUAACAAACUUUGUCGACAAUUAGGAGAUGACAUAGCUGCCAGACGCCUAAUACUGAUGCAAACAAAACGACAAUCAAGACGACGCGCUGUAAAGCGGCCGCUUGAGACCAUGCCCCUCAGCAAUAAAGACAAAGCUGAUGACCCGAACCCGGCACAGCCGGCCAAACGUCGAGACAAAGACAGAAGCGGAUCGUAUCCGAUAGUUAUAACAGGCCUCACCAACGAUUCUCUACCAGAUCCACGAGAACUAUCAGUGGGGCGACUUCACACACCACCUAAAAAGGCUCUUCCAACACUCGUGAGCAAUAUGGGCACAGCGAAGCAAGACUCUUUCAUUUAUCCGCCACUUCCCAAGGUUACUCCUGGGGCGACGUAUGUCCGAUGCCCGUUUUGCCUAAUGGCAUUGGAAAUUGGAGGUUCUGAACAAGACAACAUGAAUAACUGGAAAAGUCAUAUAGACCAAGAUGUUGAGCCGUAUGGCUGCAUUUCUCCGGAAUGUUCUCAGUCUCUUCUUUUCUUUGUUCAUCGUCGUGACUGGGAGUCCCACAUGGAGUCAGCACAUUCAAAGGACUGGUUGCGAAAGGUCCACGCACUGACAUGGUUCUGUGAUUUUGGCCAUGACCCUCCUGUCAUGUUUCAAACAGAAGUACUGUGGAAAGAACAUAUGGUGGACCCUAAAUCGCAUUCAAGUCGAUGGAGAAUGCCCACUCCAUUCCAGCUUGUCGCUCUGUCUUCGCAGCGGCAACGAAUUACACCUCGCGACCAAUUCGAAUGUCCACUAUGCGAACGGGUUCCCGAUGAACUCUCGGAAAUGGUGGCAAACAGCGAAGGAGAUCUGACAGCAAUGCACAAUAUUGUCGUGUCACAUGUAGCAGGCCAUAUCAAAUCACUAUCUAUGAUGGCCCUACCGUCUCUGGAUGUUUCUGCCGAGGGAAUAAGGGACAAUGACAACGACUCGUUGCUUUUCGCCCGGGGUUCCUUCCAAAAACUAUCGAACCCAGACUCAAUUGCUCAACCACCCAGUGGUCGAGACUACAUGGAGGAUGAUACCUUGCCUUCCCUACCAUGGUCGUUUGAGGAUCGUGACAGUAUUGCAUCAGUAUUGCAUGACCACAGCAUGUCCUGGGAUGACGAGUUCCCUGACUAUACACAGCCAGAAGCCCCACCCGAGUCAGCCGAGGAGCAUUGGCUUGAAGAAUGGGCCUUGUGGGAGAAUGAGCAUGACCCUGCAUUGCACGAAUAUCCAGAGAAUGACCCGAUUCUGACUCAUUUCAGAAUAUUACAGAAACCUGACUUUUUUGUCAACGCACAAGAUGGAACAAGGACAGAGUUAUCUUUUGCUGCACAAUUUGGUGACAUUGAUGCAGUCAAUCGCCUGUUGACCUUGGGUGUGGAUAUCGACUUGGCGGACCAAGAUGGUCAAACUCCAUUGUUAUGGGCAGCAUAUAAAGGACAUGAAGCCAUUGUGCAAUUACUCCUUAAAAACGCCGCACGAGUUGAGAAAGCUGACCGAGUCUAUGGCCGCACACCUUUGUCAUGGGCUGCGUCGAAAGGACACCAAGAUGUGGUACGUUUACUUCUAAGUAAUGGAGCAAACGUAAAUGCUGUUGACAACUCACAACGAACACCACUGUCCUGGGCAGCCUCCAGAGGCCAUUUGAAUACGAUACGCCACCUAAUCGAGGCCGGUGCAGACAAAGAGUUGGCAGACUCUGGAUCAGGGCGAACCCCACUCUCAUGGGCUGUGUCAAACGACCAGGAAGCGGUUGUGAAGCUGCUUCUCAAACAAGGCGUUGGGUUCGACACACUCGAUGAAUCCCACCGAGCACAGCUUUCUUGGUCUGCAGAGUAA